GCGCUUACGUAUCCUACUUCGCGGCGUCCGCUUCACAAUACAAAGAACACCUUAAUUUUGAAUAAAAAUGUGAUGUAUUGAUUAAUUUGAACUUUUCAUGAACACAAAAAGUAUAUUCGUGCAUUUCAUAACGUUCUCCUAACGUUGUACAGUGUUAAAAACGGUUUUAAAGUCGCGUUUUCACGGAGGGCCACGUCCCAUGGAAUUCCACAUUUAUCGAUGAAUAGAAUCUGGCGUGCGGACAGAGAAACAUGGUGGACUUGUCGCGUUGAAAAGUGAACGAAACUUUGUGUUUUAUGUGAUAAAUAUAAUAUUAUUACGAUGGAAAUCGUAUGGGUGAAGUGUAUUUGUUAAUAAAUAUGGAUCGGUGUGCGUUUGCUAUACGGAAAGUGUAAGAACGCAUCCUCUGUGUCUUCGAUCGGAUAAUGAAACUUUGAUAAACCUGUCAGAAUGGUGACCCUAACUUCUUUCGGAUUGAGACACACCCCUUGGACUGUUAUAGUUCUGGUUUUCUUCAUGGAAAGCGCGAUGGGUAACUUCGCUAAAUCAUUCUACAUCCACUGGAAUACGACCAACAGCAUAUUCAGGAUCGACAAUACAGAUCACGUUUUCGAUCUGAAUAAAGGAAAUGCACAAUUUGAAUAUGAUCAAGUUAACAUAAUAUGUCCUGUUUAUACACCCGGUACAUACGAGGAGGAUACCGAGAAAUAUAUAAUAUACAAUGUUAGCAAAGAAGAAUACGAUACGUGUAGAAUAACGAAUCCAAACCCACGUAUUAUAGCUAUAUGCGAUAAACCACACAAAUUAAUGUUUUUCACUAUCACAUUUCGACCUUUCACACCUCAGCCGGGCGGACUGGAGUUUCUGCCCGGCAAAGAUUACUAUUUCAUAUCGACGUCCAGCAAGGAUGAUCUGCAUCGACGCAUCGGCGGCCGGUGUCUAACGAAUAAUAUGAAGCUGGUCUUUCGCGUUUGCUGCAAGCCCGAGGAUCAGUCUCCGGUACCUCCGCCGCAGCCGACCUUGCCGCCUCCACCCCCGCCGCCGACGACGUCCACGACGACCACGACGACGACAACAAGCAAACCGGUCACCAAAAAGACGCACAAAUAUGACAAAGCCGAGAAUGAGGUGAUUAAGAGCGAGGAGCUGUCUCAUUCGCGCGGGGCAGCGCUGGCUUCGUCUCUCGCUUUGGCCCUGGCUGCUAGCGCGGUUCUAGCCCCACUGGCUCGGUGAAUGUGCGCCAGGGCGGCGCGGCCACCCCGUCCGGACCUCCGAGACAAGCCCGGUCCAGCUCACACCACGCAGACGCUUCAAACCCUACAUCUUCGUCCCGACACUCUAGUCUAUACGUGAACUUCCUAGAAUAGUGGUGUGAAAUAAACUAGUGCGGUGGCUAAAAUGCCCAAUGGAUUGUGCAUAAAACGGAUUGAUAAUGGGAUUUUGGAUUUUUGUAAGUACUAACUAAAAUGUGAGAUGUCGUUUUCAUUUGAGAAAUUGACAUGAAUAACUGAAUAACGUUCAUCAACAGUGUUAUUAUACGUCAGUGGAUAAUAGUUCCAUAUAAAUAUUUACGUAACACGAAAUAAAAAAAAACGUUAGUCGCUAAGGAACAUUUAAAAUAUCGAGCCUAAAUUUGUAAUAUUGUAAUAAUAAUCGGGCCUACAAAAUAAUCGAAAUGAUAAUACUAUAAUUAAAAUUAAAAAAACACUUGGUUUUCGUCUGCAACAUAACGUAGUUACUUACGACUUGAGUUGUAUAUUUCUAGUAAAAAAAAAAACGUUAAAAUGUAUAUUAAUGAUAAUUAGGUUUUAUAAACCGUUAGAAAUUUAACGUUAUUUUUUUUUUUUUCGAUAAUGCAACGGUGAAUAUUCGUGUAAGGUCUGUGUGCUUAGUGCGCGUUUUUUAACGUUUUCGAUAGCGUAAAAGUUAACUAAAAUUUAAUGAAGUCGGAACGUUUCCCUAC